GUGAAAUCGAUGCCAUGGCUCGCACCAUGGGCAACGGAGCUGAACGAGAGCAACAAAAACUUGAAGGAGGCUGAGAUCAGCUUGAUCUCCAUCGUGCAGGGCAACGACGGUGACCACGACAUGGAUGCGUGCAAGACGAUGUACGUUGAGGCCCAGACGCUCUACCAGAACAUCAUGCCGAUCCAGGAGUCCGUGAGCAAUGCUAACAAGGCGAUCAAGAAGAACGCAGCGUGA